UGACGCUGCCGUAACGCCCACGCGCUGUCCCGGUGUCUAGACCUCGUCUCAUACAUAGUCUCUGGUCCUGAGCUAAUACGAGCUAGCAGGAAAUACACCCAAGAAGAAACCCCCCCUACCAGUGAUGGUUAUGGAGGAUGAUGGACGUCCCCUCACGCAGUCAGAGCCAGGCACCCUGCCAGUCGUGGACGGACCGGAACGGCUGGUCCGCGGCGGCGGCUUCACCUCCAGGACGUCCCUGCGAUCCUCUCCCCGGCUUUCAGCAUCUCAGCCUGGCCUCACCGUCUGACCAGAGGCCCUUCUACGACCACCUGCAGGCGUCCACCCACGACUUCCAGAGCGGCCUCACAACCUGUCCACCCAGAGACUACACAAAUCACAACAUGCUGUGUGUGGAUGAUGCUCACCAGAGCGUGCAGCGAAUCCUUCCCGGUCCUCAUGUUUCAUCCACGAGUCCACCUUUAAGCCACGGCACAAAUGCACCUCUGCAUUCUCUUCCUCAGCCUUGCAACUUCCAACACAUGUCACUUUAUUCCUCUCAAGCCGCAUGUCCCCCUCUCCAGCCCUUGAACGCACACCAGGUUUUACUGAAUGGACCUCGGUCACAGCAUCAAAAUCAUCUUCCCGUCAGCCCUCCUUUAUCUGGAUAUUAUGCGAACCAGUGUCCACAGUCCAUGCCCCCGCCUUCGUUUGAAGGGGAAAAGGUGGAGUCUCCUAUAAGAUACACUUUCAACCAUACCUCACCCACCUCUCCUGUGCAGCAGCACCAGCAGCAGCAGCCUCAGUGGACGCUUCCACCGCAGUCUAGAGGGACCGGAAACGAGUUCGUUCCCAGUGCAGCUGCACAGAACAGGGACAUCGCUCCGCAGUCUCCCAACUCUGAGUCCCGUUAUGGUCUGGACCCAGAGCUCUUGCCCAGCGCUGUGAAGGUGAUGUCAGACGACAGAGCAGCGUGGGAGGACAAGGUCUUCGUCUCAGAACCUUUUUCCCGUCUGCCUCCUUUGGCAACCACUUCCUGUGUCAUCGAGGACAGAGGUAACGCGAGUCCCUCCGCCAUCCGCUUCACCUCCUACUCCGUCCCCUGUGAGGCUCAGUCCGUGCUGCUCAGCCACCUGCCUCUGGGAGCUCUGGUCACUCCUCUGGUGAAACAAAAUCCUGGAGAGAAGCCCAUCCCACUGCGUAAGGAGGCGGAGACUGUUUCGGGCUGUGGACAGUGUGGCGCCUCCAUGUGUCCAGCCAUGAGCUGGCAGGACUGUGGUCAAAGGUUUUACUGCCCCUUCUGCGGUAAACUCGGCGAAGUGUCGUGGCAACACUACCAGCCCACCAAAGGGGUCGAUGGGCUUCGUGUUGAUAAAGACAAGAGGCCUGAACUUAGCUUGGGGUCAUACGAGAUACUCAACUCUCAGAAGGGUGAACCCGCUGCCCUGCUUCUAGCCAUAGACGUGUCUGCCUCAGCGCUGAGAGGGGGGCAUCUGGAAUUUGUAACGAAACAGAUCCACACGCUGCUCACCUCUCUGAACAGGGAGGAUGGGGACUCGCUGUCGGAUGUCCGUGUCGGUUUGAUAACCUACGACACCAGGAUCCACCUGUUCGACCUCAGUCCCGACCUGUCCCGCCCGCACAUGCUGGUCAUCACGGAGACGGAGGACCUGCAGCUUCCUGUGAGGGAGGGGCUCCUGGUGUCCCUCAAAGACUGUAUAAGCAGCAUCGACAGUGUGUUGCAGCUUGUUCCUCAGUUCAGUCCAGAGUGUGGUGGCUCUGAUGGCGUUCCCAUGGAGCUGCCAGUCAAAGCAGGACUAGCCGUUCUACAGGGGCUGAGUUGUCCUGGGAAGCUGCUGAUCUUCCACACUGCCCCUCUGGUAGAAACGGGACACGCAAACUCCUCCUCAGGGUUCUUCGGCACCAACAAAACAAAGUCCAUCUUCCAGCCAUCAGAAGUAGCCGUCUCACUGGCCAAGGAGUGUGUCCUUCAGGGAUGUGGGGUUCACCUGUUCGUCCUUUCUCAGCAUGAUGUGGGCGGCGCUUGGCCAGGACACAUUCCAUAUCUGACGGGGGGAGCUCUGCACACCUACAGCCACCUCCAGGGGGAAUUGGACAGGGAGCGUUUCAGCUCCGACCUAAAGAAAGCUGUAGAGACGGACGCGGGCUACAAGGCUGAGCUCAGGAUAUUUGUCAGCAAAGAUUUACGCGUGUCCGGCUGUUAUGGACUGUUUGUCCCCGGACCGAGCCCCGGACACGUCACCCUGGCAACACUUGACAGGUGGACAACGCUGGCUGUGGAGCUCGCACACAACAGAGCUCUGGAUGAGACCAGAGGGGUUGCCAUACAGGUUGUCCUGUCUUACAGCGUCCAGUCAGGAGACCGGAGGACCAGGGUUCACACUCUGACCUUACGAUGCUCACGUCAGCUACAAGAUACUUUCCGUCACUAUCAGGCCCAGACGCUGCUCGCUUUCUACUGCAAGAAGAUGUACUGUUCAGUGCUGGAGCGCCCUCUGCAGGAGCUGAGAGAGGAGCUGCAGACGGAGGUGACGGAAGCGUUGGCCUCCUACCGCAAACACUGCUGCUCUGCUUCAGUGUCUGCAGGACAGCUGGUCCUUCCUCAGCACCUUCGGUCUCUUCCCGUUUACGUCAACAGUCUGAGGAAGAGUGAGGUGCUGCUGCCGGGCCUGAGGAGCUCCAUCCACCACAGACUGCAGCAGCGUUGCCAGGUGCUCAGCAUGGACACGUGCAGCACCGCCGCACACUUCUACCCUCUGCUGCUGCCUCUGCCGCUGUCGGUCGACGGCUCCCACCCCCCAAACCCAGAGGAGGCGCUGCGCUGCUCUGCUGCCAACCUGGAGCCCAGAGGUCUGUAUUUGAUCCAUGCUCCUCUCACCCUGCUGCUCUGGGUGGGCACCCAAGUCCCAGCAUGCACUCUGGUCGAGCUCUUCAACAGCAGCAGCUUCUCCUGCCUGCCCUCUGGAGAGACCAAGUUGCCAGUUCUGGAAACCCCUCUGUCCAUCCACGUCCGGUCCCUCGUCAACACACUGAACUCACAGACGCCCUGCAGCCGCAAGCUCUGGGUGGUGAAGCAGGGCGACACCUGCGAGGAGGCCCUGCAGCGCCACCUGGUGGAAGACAAGAGCCCCAACGGAGGAGCGUCCUACGCCGACUUCCUCUACCAUCUCCACAUCAACUCCGUGCGGCUGCUGCAGUGACGAACCCGAAAGCUGACGCCGCAACAGCAUGUUUGCCCCAUUCGUUUUCUGUAACCACAUGUGGCCGAUUUUAGAAUCACCCCUGAACCUGACGAGCUUGUCUUUGGACGGUGGGAGGAAGUGGGAGUACCCCGAGAGAUCAUGCAAACUCUACACAGAAAGACCCCGGUGGUCGGCCGGUGGAUUCAAACCCAGAACCUUCUUGCUGUGAGGCUUCAGUGCCAACCAGCGUUAGACGUUACUGUAACGUUGGAGGGACGAGGAGACGCAUGGGGACAUUACAAAAGACAUGUCAUUUAUUUAAAGACUGCAGUGAUAUAAAAUGUGUUUGUGUGGCGAGUGCUGUUCUGAAUGGAUCUGUGUAUUAUUGAAAGUGUCUUAAUGAUGUUAUUUAUUCUGAAAUCCUGAGAGUUAUGUGUGUGAGUGACGUGUGUGUGGAUUAUGUCCAGUAAAUAAAGCAAAGGCUUUACUCGACCUCAGACAUUUAAA